AUGCCUAGAAAGAAAGAUGUUGUUGCUGAGAUUGUUUGCUACACUUGUGGUGAAAAAGGCCAUAAGAGCAAUGCUUGUCCUGGGAAUGUGAAACAGUGCUUUCGUUGUGGUAAGAAGGGGCAUACUCUUACUGAAUGUAAGCAUGAUGAUGUUGUAUGUUUUAACUGCAAUGAGGAAGGUUAUAUUGGUUCACAAUGUAAGAAGCCUAAGAAGGCGCAGACUACUCGGAGAGUUUUUGCUUUGACUGCUUCUGAACUGGGCAACUCGCCUCAUGAGUUCAAGGAAUGGGUUGCUCGCCGUGGCGAACUCAAGGCAAAUGAGAAAAAGAGAACUAAAAUGGCUAGAAGAAAUGACGCUGCGAUUGUUGCUGCAUUGGAAGUUGUGGCUCAAGCUGUGGGGCAACAGCCUAAUGCUAAUGUUGGUGCUAAUGCUGAACACGGAGGUGGAGUUGUUACUUGGGCUGUGUUUAGAAGAGAGUUCUUAGACAGAUACUUUCUGGAAGAUGUUCGCGGGAAGAAAGAGAUCGAGUUUCUUGAGCUGAAGCAGGGUGAUAAGUCAGUGACUGAGUAUGCUGCAAAGUUUGUAGAGCUAGCUAAGUUUUAUCCACACUACACUGCUGAGACUACUGGGUUCUCCAAGUGCAUCAAGUUUGAGAAUGGUUUGCGUGCUGAGAUCAAGCUGGCCAUUGGGUAUCAUAAGAUUCGUAACUUUUCUGAACUGGUGAGCAGCUGUAGAAUCUAUGAGGAAGAUACUAAAGCUCAUUACAAGGCCGUGAAUGAAAGGAGACCUAGGAGUCAGCAAAAUUGCCCUAAGCCUUACAGUGCUCCUGCUGAUAAGGGUAAACAAAGAUUGAAUGAUGGGAGAAGGCCUAGAAAGAAAGAUACUACUGCUGAAGUUGUUUGCUAUAGUUGUGGUGAAAAAGGCCAUAAGAGUAAUGCUUGUACUGGAGAUGUGAAACGGUGUUUCCGUUGUGGUAAGAAAGGGCAUACUAUUACAGAAUGUAAACAUGAUGAUGUUGUGUGUUUUAACUGCAAUGAAGAGGGUCAUAUUGGUUCGCAAUGCAAGAAGCCUAAGAAGGCGCAGGCUACAUGGAGAGUUUUUGCUUUGACUGGUACCAUACAGAGAAUGAGGAUCGAUUGA